CCGCCAAGACUCUCUCAGAGAGUUCAGUCGUUCAGUGAGUUAUACGAGUUGUGUCCGGGUUCUCCGGCAAAGGAUUCUCCAUUUUUUAUUUUUUUUUUUUUAAACAGAAAAACUCUCUUCGGCAACAGGUUUUGAAUUUAUGGGACAAUAAAGAGUGUGCGGUGUAGUUCUCCCCCUUUUUUUUUUUUAGUCUUCUUCCACAAAAGGAAAAGGAGGCUAUCAAACUCUCAUAAAACUGUCAGCCGCGACGACUUAUGCGCGUCCCUUUUCCAGGUUUUUUUUGAAAAUGAUACCAAAAGACGAUGAUUUUUGAAAAAUGGUGGGGAAGAAGCGUGCGCGAUCAGAAAUAGCGGAAGACUGACGUUUAAAGAGCGGCUAAAAGAAGAAGAAGAAGAAAAAAAGAGCCCUCCUCUCCCCCCCCCCGAAAAACGGAAUACUUCUCCAUUAGCUAUCCCCACUCUUCAACACACACACAACCCCUCUCAUCCCUUGUGACGGCUGAAGAGAACGGGGUUGAAGAAUCCACCGCGGCAGCAAGAGAGACCAAUCAAGGUUUGACGAACGGCGGGGAUUGGUCGGUGCUCCUGACACGCAGCGCGGCACGUGACAGCUACCGCACCGGUCUUCCAAGGAUCGCGAGGUUCAGUACGAUAUCACCUUCCUACGUGUACGCACCGUGAUUAUAAAAAAAAUAAUUUCCCUAUUGAAACAAAAAAUAAAUCCCGCCAUCUUUUCAUAAUUCUGAAUGGAGCGCGCCAAUAGGCCCGCACGAUGGGCCCCCAUAAGAUCAUAAAGAAGCAGAAGACAGUUUUAUAGCCCUCGGCCCACGUGGCGCUCGUAAACUAAACCCGGUUCUGCCUCUCUCUCUAUUAGUCAGAUCCUCAAAAAAGGACCCCUUCGAUUAUCGUUUUAUUAAUAAAAAAAAAAAUCCACCCAAGUGAAUUGAGGAUCAGUGUAAAAGUGAUGCCUUCCCUGCGAAGGACUUCUUGUGAUUUCUAAAUAUAUUUGUGUUUUUUUUUUUUUUUUGUGGAAAAAAUCAUCAAUAAAAAUGAGUUCCUAUCAGUUUGUCAAUUCAUUAGCUUCAUGCUAUGUGAAUCAACAACCCCAACAACAGCCACGGCCGACGCCGAAUUCACCUGGUGAACCACUACAAGCAUCAUCGCCUGCCGGUGCCGAUUAUUAUAAUCCAAAUGCAGCGACAAGUAGUUAUCCCACCCCUUGCUAUUCCCCACAACAUUAUCCUCAACAUCCUUAUGCAACACCUGCUGGUGGUAUACAACAUUCAGCACCAACGGGAAUGAUAGACUACACUCAAUUACAACCUCAACGAUUAAAUUCCGUUACAUCAAAUCAACAACAUGGAUUACAAAAUCAACAUCAUCAUAGUCAACUUCAUGUUGAUCCAACGGCACCAUUAUUACAAGCGGUAUCAGCGGCCGCAGUGGCGUCAUCAACGUCAAGUUGUAAAUACGCUGAUUCAACAUCGUCGACGAGUGUUGCAUCGCCACAGGAUUUAACAACAUCAACAUCGAGAAAUAGUCCUACACCAAUGAAUACACCUGGUACCAGUAAAGGACCAUCUGGUCAUACAUCAACACCGGGUGGUUCAUCAAGGUCUUCGGCAGCGGCCUCGGCAUCAUCGCCACCAAGUGGUAGCUCACGUGGUUUAGGUGAAGGUAGUUCAACAUUAACAACAGCAUCAUCAGCAUCAUCGCCAGCAAGUUCGACUUCAAGUACAUCGAGCACUGGAAACAAUUCGUCAAAUAAAGCAAAUACAAGUGGAGGAAAUCCACCUCAAAUUUAUCCCUGGAUGAAGAGGGUUCACAUUGGUCAAAGUACUGUAAACGCGAACGGUGAAACGAAACGACAGAGGACAUCGUACACGAGGUAUCAGACCCUGGAGCUUGAAAAGGAGUUUCACUUUAACCGCUACCUGACGAGGAGAAGGCGCAUCGAGAUCGCACACGCCCUAUGCCUCACUGAAAGGCAGAUUAAAAUCUGGUUUCAAAAUCGUCGUAUGAAGUGGAAGAAGGAACACAAAAUGGCGAGCAUGAAUAUUGUACCGUACCAUAUGUCGCCCUAUGGUCAUCCAUACCAAUUUGCCCCGCAUCCCGGUCAGUUUGCCCAUUUGGCCACAUAGGACGAGUUCUCGCCCGCCGAGCUCGGAGCACACGCUGUCCGGUUUCCUGGGAUGUACGGCGAGCAGAAUUUCUAGGCUUUCAAUUCUUUCAAAUUUUUUUUUGAAAAAAAAAUCACUUCAAAAAUAUUUCCAAAAUGAGUACUUUAAUUCGUUCAAUUUUUUACAAAAAAAAAAAAAAAAAAAAUAUGUAACGAAAAUAAUUUCUUCAUCUAUAGGGUUUCGUGACUUUUAAAAUUCAGAUUAAAAAUUAGUUGCUAUGGAAACUAUUGCUAUGGACCUAUUCAAACGGUUGCUAUGAUAAAGGUUGUUAUGUAAAAAAAUUGCUAUGGUAACGGUUACUAUGGAAACCGUUGCUAUGGACCUAUUGAAACGGUUGCCAUAUGAAAACGGUUAUCAUGGAAACAGUUGCUAUGGUAACGGUUACUAUGGAAACGGUUGCUAUGGAGUGUUGUUAUGAUAACGGUUGAUAUGGAAACGGUUAUCAUGGAAACUGUUGCUAUGGACCUAUUGAAACGGUUAUCAUGGAACUAUGGAAACUGUUGUUAUGGUUGCUAUGGAAACGGUUAUCAUGGAAACGGUUGCUAUGGAAACUGUUGCUAUGGACCUAUUGAAACGGUUAUCAUGGAAACAAUUGCAAUGGAAACUGUUGUUAUGGUAACGGUUGCUAUGGAAACUGUUGUUAUGAUAACGGUUGCUAUGGAAACGGUUAUCAUGGAAACUGUUGCUAUGGACCUAUUGAAACGGUUAUCAUGGAAAAAAUUGCAAUGGAAACUGUUGUUAUGGUAACUGUUGCUAUGGAAACUUUUUGUUAUGCUAACGGUUGCUAUGGAAACGGUUAUCAUGGAAACGGUUGCUAUGGAAACUGUUGCUAUGGAAACUGUUGCUAAGGACCUAUUG